AUGAACAACCUCCGUGAUCCCUUCAGCCUGCGCAACAAGCCUGCAACCUUCCAUCUGCUGCACCAGAACCUCCGAGCAGCCUCCCUAACAAUCAGCACAGAGGUCACCACAGUCACAAGAACAAAAACACGUGCUCUGCAGCAGGCUGCGCUACCAGCCAUCGAGACGGCCGUCGAGAAACUAGAGGAGGCCAUGUCCGGUUUCUCAAUCCCAAAGAACGUGCCCUCGUUCACGUCCCCCAACCGCGAGUUCGAGGACGUGGCCUGGGCCGCCGCAACGUCAAAGAACGGCGGCGGAAACAGUCCGAGAACCCCCCGGAGCGCAAUGGCUGGCAUUGCCGAGGGUAUGUUUGGGAGGGACAGGGACCUCCCGCUGUAUAAGGAUAAGCCCUACUACCACCAUAACGCGCGACAGAGGAGAAAGUGGUUGAGGAAGAGGGUGCUGGGCAUUGUCGCGGUGGUGGGCCUGGCACUGUGGUGGUUUGGCCUGUUCGCGGGGGUUCCUGGAAUGAUCCCCAUGCGUGGACAAGGGGCGGUAGGGGGAAAGAAGAGUAGUAGUGGUGGUAGUGGUGGGAAGAUAGAUUGGGAGGAGAGGAGGGAGGCGGUCAAGGGCGCGUUCGUGCAGAGUUGGGAGGCGUAUGAGAAACAUGCAUGGGGCUACGACGAAUUCCACCCACUCUCCAAGAAGGGCAGGCAAAUGGUUCCGAAGGGCAUGGGCUGGAUCAUCAUUGAUUCUCUUGACACCCUCAUGCUCAUGAACCUGACCACGCCACUCUCCCACGCAGUUGAAUGGCUUAGCUCGUCCCACACGUUCGACCAGGACCAUGAAGUCAACACCUUCGAGACUACGAUCCGUAUUCUCGGUGGUCUCCUCUCUGCCCAUUACCUCCAGAACGAUUUGCACAUUGUGCCUCCGGCCCCAGGAUCCGACGCGGACAUUUUCCUUGAGAAGGCGACCGACCUCGCAGACCGCCUCCUCGGCGCAUAUGACUCUCCUAGCGGAAUCCCCUACGCGUCGGUCAAUCUACACCACAUGAAAGGUGUUCCCUCGCACGCUGACGGUGGUGCCUCUUCAACCGCCGAGGCAGCUACCCUCCAGUUGGAGAUGAAGUACCUCUCUAAUCUCACCGGCGAAGCCAUCCACUGGGCCAAAGCCGAAUCCGUCAUUGCUGCCAUUGACUCUCUUAACGCCGAGGACGGUCUCGUUCCCAUCUUCAUCUACGCUGACGACGGUACCUUCCGCGGCAAAGAAAUCCGCCUCGGUAGCCGUGGUGACAGCUAUUACGAGUACCUCCUCAAGCAAUACCUUCAGACCAGCAAGGGUGAGCCCCUCUACCGCGAUAUGUACGACGAGGCCAUGGCCGGUGUCAAGAAGCACCUCAUUGCAAAGUCACACCCCAGCCACCUAACCUUCAUCGGCGAGCUUCCCGGCGGUAUUGGCGGUGAAUUCUCACCCAAAAUGGACCAUCUUGUCUGCUUCAUGGCAGGCUCCUUUGCCCUCGGUGCCACCGAAGGACUCCCGCUAUCCGUCGCCCGCAAGACCGCAACAUGGGGCGCGCGACAAGAAGAGGAUAUGCGUCUUGCGCGCGAGCUCAUGCGCACGUGCUAUGAGAUGUACGCGGUGACGCCAACGGGGUUGGCCCCAGAGAUCAUCUGGUUCAAUAUGCGCCACGAUAAAGACGGCGUGACGGGAGAGCUCGAGGAGGAGGACACCAGUAAGGAUAUUCAGAUCAAGCCACGUGACGCGCAUAAUCUGCAGCGUCCCGAGACAGUGGAGUCGCUGUUCCUGAUGUGGCGCAUCACCGGCGACCAGGUGUAUCGUGAGUGGGGAUGGGAGAUCUUUGAGGCUUUUGUGAAGCAUGCCUCGGUGGAGGGGGGUGAGGGCGGCUUCACGAGUCUGGACACGGUGAUGGAGGUGCCGCCGAGGAUGAGGGAUAACAUGGAGAGUUUCUGGCUGGCCGAGACACUGAAAUACUUGUACCUCCUCUUCUCCCCAACCGACAUCCUCCCGCUCGACCAGAUCGUGUGGAACACGGAGGCGCAUCCUAUGCCAAGAUUUGAGAUGGGGAGACUACUGAAGACGGGAUGGGAGAGGAAGUUGAAGACGCAGGCAUGA